GCGUUCAGAAUGGCAUUUCUGUACCCCGCUGCUUACCGUGACGAUGCAGUUGUGGAUGAUUAUCAUGGUUAUAAAAUUCCAGACCCAUAUAGUUGGCUAGAGGACCCUGACAGUGAGAAGACACAGGCCUUUGUCACUGCUCAGAAUCAGCUUACAUUGCCAUUUUUGGAACGCUGCGAGGUACGGGAUGUGUUCAAGGAGCGUAUGACUGAGCUGUAUGACUAUCCUAAAUAUAGCUGUCCGUUCAGAAGAGGAAACAGGUACUUUCACUUCUACAACACUGGCCUCCAGAACCAGAGUGUGAUGUAUGUACAGGAGAGCUUGGACGCAGAGCCUGUUGUCUUUUUGGAUCCUAAUACAUUUUCUGAUGACGGAACAGUUGCUUUGCGAGGCUACGCAUUCUCGGAAGAUGGAGAGUAUCUGGCGUACGGCACUAGCGCCAGCGGCUCAGACUGGGUGGAGAUGCACUUCCUGCGGGUGGAAGGUGCAGUGCUUCUAGAGGACCGUCUGCAAAGGGUCAAAUUCAGCUGCAUGUCAUGGACACAUGACGGAAAGGGCCUUUUCUAUAACUCUUAUCCUGAGCAGGAGGGCAAGAGUGAUGGCACUGAGACUUCUACUAACUUGGACCAGAAGCUAUACUUCCACGUUUUGGGAACACCGCAGUCUGAGGAUGUGCUGUGCGCAGAGUUUCCCGAUCACCCCAAGUGGAUGAGUGGAGCCGAGGUUUCAGAUGAUGGCCGCUAUGUCCUACUGUCCAUCAGGGAAGGCUGCGAUCCUGUCAACAGAUUGUGGUAUUGUGACCUCAAGAAAACCCCUCAGGGAAUUACAGGACUUUUGCCAUGGGUGAAACUUAUUGACAACUUUGACGCUGAGUAUGAGUACGUUACCAACGAGGGCACGGUUUUUACAUUCAAGACCAAUCUGGACGCCCCACGUUACCGCCUCAUCAAUAUCGACUUUGCCUCGCCGGCUCAGAGCGAUUGGGUGGAGCUCAUCCCUCAGCAUGAUAAGGACGUCAUUGUAUUUGCCACCUGCACGUACUCAAGCUACCUUUUCGUGUGCUUCCUCCACGAUGUGAAGAAUGUCUUAAAAAUGUAUCGUCUCAGUUCCGGGGAGGAGCUCAGGACCUUUCCCCUGGAUGUCGGCUCUGUGGUUGGAUUCACAGGAAGAAAGCGCGACUCUGAGAUCUUUUACUACUUUACAUCCUUCCUCUCGCCAGCUAUCAUUUAUCACUGCGACCUGACCAAGGAGCCUCUGCAGCCUCACAUCUUCAGAGAGGUCACCGUUAAAGGCUUUGACCCAUCUGACUACCAGACGACUCAGAUCUUCUACUCUUCCAAGGACGGAACUCAAAUCCCCAUGUUCAUUGUACACAAGAAGGGCAUCAAGCUGGACGGCUCCCAUCCCGGAUUCCUGUAUGGCUACGGCGGCUUCAACAUCUCCAUCACGCCGAGCUACAGCGUUUCUCGGCUAAUCUUUGUACGGCACCUGGGUGGAGUCCUGGCCGUCGCCAACAUCCGGGGUGGAGGGGAGUAUGGUGAAACCUGGCACAAAGCGGGCAUGUUGGCCAACAAGCAGAACUGCUUCACAGACUUCCAAUGUGCAGCCGAGUACCUCAUCAAGCAGGGGUACACCUCUCCGUCCAAGCUCACAAUUAACGGAGGCUCAAACGGCGGCCUGCUCGUAGCGGCGUGCGUAAACCAGCGGCCCGAUCUGUUUGGCUGUGCCGUUGCGCAGGUCGGGGUCAUGGACAUGCUCAAAUUUCACAAGUUCACUAUCGGCCACGCCUGGACUACCGAUUUCGGGUGCUCAGAAGAAAAGGAGCAGUUUGAGUGGCUUAUCAAAUACUCCCCUCUCCACAACAUCAGAGUUCCAGAGGACAACGGGGUCCAGUACCCCGCCAUCCUCCUGCUCACGGGCGACCACGACGACCGAGUGGUGCCACUCCACUCACUGAAAUACAUCGCCACCCUACAGCACAUAAUGGGCCGCAGCAGCAAGCAGUCCAACCCCCUGUUCAUCCUCGUGGACACAAAGUCGGGCCACGGCGCCGGCAAGCCCACCAGCAAGGUCAUCCAGGAGGUUGCUGACACCUACGCCUUCAUCGCUCGCUGUCUCAAAAUUUCCUGGGUUAAAUAA